AUGCAGGCAUCAUCGGAUUUCGACACGACUGAAGAAAAGUUUCUCACGCCAGAAGGAAGCAACCACUCUGAUGUGGAUUCCCUGAGCUAUGAGCAACGUCGCGAGGAAAUUCGUAUCGCUAACCCGCAAGGUGUAACGUCAGUACAGACUGGAGUUGAUGUCGAACAGGCAGAGGAGGAUUUCUCGGACUUGAACAGACAAUUUUCCAGUAUCUCGCAUCAAGCUCGUCGACUAUCAAAACAUGCGUCUCGGGCAUCUAAGCCGACGGCCACUGUCGAUGAAGAAAAGGCUGGAAGCUCGAAUGGCUCUGACGACACCUGGGAUUUGGAGACGGCUCUUCGGGGCAAUCGUGCUGCUGAGGAUGAGGCCGGCAUCAAGGAUAAGCAUAUUGGCGUUAUAUGGGACAAUCUAUCUGUUCGUGGAGUUGGUGGUGUAAAGACCUUUAUCAAGACGUUCCCGGAUGCAAUCAUUGAUUUCUUUAAUGUUCCUCAAACCGUCAUGGAUAUUUUCGGUUGGGGUAAAAAGGGCAAAGAAUACAACAUUUUGGAGGGGUUUCGCGGGUUGACUCGACCGGGAGAAAUGGUCUUGGUCUUGGGAAGACCUGGCUCAGGAUGUACAACCUUUCUGAAAGUUAUUGCCAACCAACGUGCUGGGUACACCGGUGUCGAUGGAGAAGUAUUAUAUGGCCCUUUUGAAUCAGACGCAUUUUCCAAAAGAUUCCGAGGCGAGGCCGUAUACAACCAAGAAGAUGAUAUCCACCACCCGACUCUUACUGUCUCUCAGACUCUCGCGUUUGCUCUGGACACCAAAACCCCAGGAAAGCGUCCGUAUGGCGUGGGCAAGGCGGAGUUCAAGGAGAAGGUGACCAAGAUGCUGCUCCGAAUGUUUAAUAUUGAGCACACAGCCAAUACUGUCAUCGGCAACCAGUUCAUUCGCGGAGUUAGUGGUGGUGAGCGCCGGAGAGUGAGUAUUGCAGAGAUGAUGACCACUAGUGCCACAGUGCUGGCUUGGGAUAACAGUACCCGUGGUCUGGACGCGUCGACUGCGCUCGACUUUGCCAAAUCCCUCCGAAUUUUGACCAACAUCUACAAAACCACCACCUUUGUCUCUCUCUACCAGGCCUCUGAGUCCAUCUACAACCAGUUUGACAAGGUCCUCGUCAUAGAUAGUGGACGAUCUGUGUUCUUCGGCCCUAUUCAUGAGGCACGUGCCUAUUUUGAAGGCCUUGGUUUCCGCGCGAAGCCCCGACAGACAACACCGGAUUAUCUCACCGGAUGCACAGAUCCUUUCGAGAGAGAAUUCCAAGAUGGAAGAAGCGCCGCAGAUGUGCCAUCGACACCAGAGGCUCUGGUGGAGUCCUUCAGGCAAUCAAGUCAUAACAAGCAACUCGAUGAAGAAAUGCAGUCCUAUCGUGCACAGAUCCAGCAUGACAAGAAAAUCUUCGAUGACUUCGAACUCGCCAACCAAGAAGCAAAGCGCAAGUACACCCCCAAGUCAUCCGUGUACUCGAUUCCAUUCCAUCUUCAAAUUUGGGCUUUGAUGCAACGUCAGUUCUUGAUAAAAUGGCAAGAUAAGUUUGCUUUGACUGUCUCCUGGGUCACUUCAACCGGUAUCGCCAUUAUCCUCGGUACCGUGUGGCUGAAACAACCGAAAACUAGUGCUGGUGCAUUUACUCGAGGUGGUCUUCUGUUCAUCAGUAUGUUGUUUAAUGGAUUCCAAGCCUUUGCAGAACUUGCAUCUACGAUGAUGGGCCGUUCAAUUGUCAAUAAACAUCGUUCAUUUACAUUCUACCGUCCAAGUGCUUUGUUCCUGGCGCAAAUAUUUGUGGAUACUACUUUCGCAGCUUUCAGGAUUUUGGUCUUCAGCAUCAUUGUCUAUUUCAUGUGUGGUCUAGCCUUGGAAGUUGGUGCAUUUUUCACAUUUGUCCUGUUCGUGCUGAGCGGAUACGUGUGUAUGACCGUGUUCUUCAGAACUAUCGGUUGUGUUAGCCCGGACUUUGACUAUGCGAUGAAGUUUGCAGCGGUGAUGAUUACCCUUCUUGUAUUGACAUCUGGUUAUUUGAUUCAAUGGUCCAGUGGUCAGGUAUGGCUGCGAUGGAUUUUCUAUAUCAAUCCUUUCGGCCUUGGAUUCUCAUCGUUGAUGAUCAAUGAGUUCAGCCGCCUGACAAUGACAUGCGUAUCAGAGUCGUUGGUUCCUCAUGGUACCGGUUACGAUGAUAUUGCUCAUCAAGCUUGCACUCUUGCUGGUGGAGAAUCAGGCUCCGACAUCAUUCCUGGGUCUAAUUAUCUUGCCAAAACAUUCAGCUAUGACAAAUCUGAUUUAUGGCGGAACUUCGGCAUUAUGCUUGCACUCAUCGUCGGUUUCCUUGCUAGCAACUUGUACUUUGGUGAAGCUGUUCAGUUUGACGCUGGAGGGAAAACAAUUACCUUUUACCAAAAAGAGAAUAAGGAGCGGAAGGAAUUGAACGAUGCCUUGGCGCAAAAGAAGGCCAACCGUCAAACCAAAACCGUGGAAACUGAAACUAAUGUCCAGAUCACCUCGAAAUCAGUUUUCACCUGGGAGGAUGUCUGCUAUGAAGUGCCUGUGCCAUCUGGAACUCGUCAACUUCUGAACUCUGUCUACGGAUAUGUUCAACCAGGUAAACUGACAGCUCUGAUGGGCGCAUCAGGUGCAGGCAAGACAACGCUAUUGGAUGUUCUGGCAGCACGGAAGAAUAUUGGUGUUAUUUCAGGAGAUAUUCUUGUAGACGGCAGGCCCCCUGGUACUGCAUUCCAGCGCGGCACAUCCUACGCUGAGCAGUUGGACACACAUGAAGCAAUGCAAACCGUGAGAGAGGCAUUGCGCUUCUCAGCCGAUCUUCGACAGCCAUUUGAAACCCCACAAUCAGAAAAGUAUGCCUAUGUUGAAGAAAUCAUCGGCUUGCUGGAACUGGAGAACCUGGCAGAUGCAAUCAUUGGGACCCCGGAAACUGGCCUUUCCGUUGAAGAACGAAAGAGGGUAACCAUCGGUGUCGAAUUGGCAGCAAAGCCCGAGCUUCUUCUCUUCUUGGAUGAGCCUACCUCCGGCCUUGAUAGUCAAUCGGCCUUUAAUAUCGUUCGAUUCCUGAAGAAACUGGCCACGGCUGGACAGGCUAUCCUUUGCACUAUUCAUCAGCCCAACUCAGCAUUGUUUGAGAAUUUUGAUCGACUCUUGCUUCUCCAAAGAGGCGGCGAGUGUGUAUACUUUGGUGAAAUCGGUUACGACUCUCAAAUUCUGCGGGACUAUUUCUAUAAGAACGGCGCCGACUGCCCUGAGGAUGCAAACCCUGCCGAGUGGAUGCUAGAUGCUAUCGGUGCAGGGCAAACACGACGCAUUGGCGAUCGCGAUUGGGGUGACAUUUGGCGAACAUCAUCUGAACUGGUGCAAUUGAAGAAAGACAUCGUUCAAAUCAAAGCGGACCGAGCUCAGUUGAACCAAGAUCAAGCAGAUGAGGUCGGAUUGCUUGUCGAGAAGGAGUAUGCAUCGCCUAUGUGGCAUCAGAUCAAAGUGGUUGGCCGACGAACCUUCCUUUCUUUCUGGAGAUCCCGGAACUAUGGCUUUACUAGGCUGUUUACCCAUGUUGCUCUGGCUCUAAUUACCGGGCUUGGUUUCCGCCAGCUAGACGAUUCUCGCUCUUCUCUACAGUACCGUGUCUUCGUUGUCUUUAACGUUACUGUACUUCCAGCCAUUAUUCUCCAACAAGUCCAGCCGCGUUUUGACAUGGCCCGACUGAUCUUCUACCGUGAAUCCGCCUCCAAAACCUACAGUCAGUUUGCCUUCGCGCUGUCAAUGGUCCUUGCCGAGAUCCCUUAUAGUUUGCUGUGUGCCGUGUGUUUCUUCUUGCCACUCUACUAUAUCCCUGGGUUCCAAUCCGAAUCCAGCCGAGCAGGCUACCAAUUCCUCAUGGUUCUCAUCACCGAGUUCUUCGCCGUCACUUUGGGCCAAAUGGUUUCAGCCUCGACACCCAAUAGCUUUAUUGCUUCGCAGCUGAACCCGCCAAUUGUCAUCAUCUUCUCCCUGUUCUGUGGUGUCACUAUCCCCAGACCCCAGAUGCCGAAGUUCUGGCGUUCUUGGCUCUACCAGCUUGAUCCAUUCACCAGACUAAUCAGUGGCAUGGUCGUGACUGAGCUCCAUGGACGCAAGGUCGAAUGUACGAGUUCUGAGUACAACCAGUUCACUGCUCCAGCCAAUCAGACCUGUGGUGAGUAUAUGGCUUCCUUUUUUGAGAAUGGAGGAGCUGGUUACCUGCUAGACAAUGCCACGCAGACUUGCGAGUACUGCGCGUAUAAAGUUGGAGAUCAGUUUUACGAAACAUAUGAAAUGAGCUUCAACAACAGAUGGCGGGAUCUGGGAAUUUUCAUUGCAUUUGUUGCAUCCAACUUGAUCAUACUUUUCUUGGCAUCUCGAUUCCUCAACUUCAACCGGAGGUAG